GGCCGGGCCGAGGCGGGGCCUGGAGCGGCCGCCCGCCCUCCCGCCUCCCGCGCCGCGGAGCCGAGGGGCCGCACGGCUCGGCACGGCCCGGCCCGCGGCGGCGGCGGCCGCUGACAGGGCGGAGCAGCAGCGGCGGCAGCGGCGGUGUGCCCCGUCGAGGCGCCCGGGAAGGCAUCGAGAAUGAAAUUGCUGUGGAAAGCUAAAAUGAGCACAAGUCAAGACUGGGGUGAAGAGGUGGAAGAGGGAGCUGUUUACCAUGUCACCCUGAAAAAAGUGCAGAUUCAGCAGGCUGCCAACAAAGGAGCAAGAUGGCUGGGGGUUGAAGGGGACCAGUUACCUCCAGAACAUACCGUCAGCCAGUAUGAAACGUGCAAGAUCAGGACAAUAAAAGCUGGAACUUUGGAGAAACUUGUGGAGAACCUUCUGACAGCUUUUGGGGAUAAUGAUUUUACCUACAUCAGUAUCUUCCUGUCAACUUACAGGGCCUUUGCUUCUGCUAAGGAAGUACUGGAACUUCUCCUUGACAGGUAUGGAAACCUGGAGACCUCAAGCUGUGAAGAAGUUGGAAGCCAGAAUUCCUCCGAAUCCCAAACAGUACUCAGGACUGCGAUAGCAUCAAUCUUACGGGCCUGGCUCGAUCAGUGCUCUGAGGAUUUCAGAGAGCCGCCCGACUACCCGUGUUUGCUGAAGUUGCUGGAUUACCUGAAGAAGAAUAUACCCGGCUCUGACCCGGAGAAGAGGGCGCAGAACCUCUUGGAGCAGUUCCAGAACCAAGAAGUUGAAAACGAUGAUGGAUUCCAUAUCACUUCCCCCUGUAACCUAUCCGAUGAAGAGGAACUGGAGAUCACCAGUCCAGAUGAAUUCUCCUCUUUCCAAGAAGACCUUGUGGCCGAACAGUUGACGUACAUGGAUGCAAUGCUCUUCAAGAAAGUUGUGCCUUACCACUGCUUGGGAUGCAUCUGGUCUCAAAGAGAUAAGAAAGAAUAUAAGCACCUGGCACCUACCAUCAGAGCCACCAUUGCUCAGUUCAACACAGUUACCAAAUGUGUUGUCAGCACUAUCCUGAAGAGCAAACAACUCAAAGGACAGCAAAGAGCCAAGAUCAUUGAGAAGUGGAUUCAUAUUGCACAUGAAUGUAGGAUCCUGAAGAAUUUUUCCUCCUUGAGGGCCAUCAUUUCAGCACUGCAGUCCAACUCCAUCUAUCGGCUAAAGAAGACCUGGGCGUGUGUUCCAAAGGACAUAGUGCUGAUGUUCGAAGAGCUCUCUGAUAUCUUCUCAGACCAUGACAAUUAUUUGACAAGUAGGGAGCUGCUAAUGAAGGAAGGAACAUCCAAAUUUGCAAAUCUGGACAGCAGUGUGAAAGAAAAUCAGAAAAGGACACAGAGACGACUGCAACUUCAAAAAGAUAUGGGAGUAAUGCAAGGCACGGUUCCUUAUCUUGGGACCUUCCUCACUGAUCUCAUCAUGCUUGACACAGCCCUUCAGGACUAUAUUGAGGGUGGCCUGAUAAAUUUUGAGAAGAGGCGAAGGGAAUUUGAAGUCAUCGCCCAAAUUAAGCUCUUGCAAUCUGCAUGUAACAGCUAUUGCAUGACACCAGACCAAAAAUUCAUCCAGUGGUUCAGAAGACAGGAACAUUUAACUGAGGAGGAGAGUUACGGCCUUUCACGUGAGGCUGAAGCAGCUGCUAACACUAGCACCACAUCGCCAAAAUCUCGGAAAAGCAUGGUGAAGAGGUUCAGCCUGCUGUUUCUGGGCUCCGAGGUGAUCGCCAAUAGCACACCCAUCAAAGAGCAACGCAAACCUACUCCAAGUGGGAGCUCUGGUGAAAGCACGGACUCGGCCAGUGUUUCGUCAUGUGAGCUUAAUCACUCUGAAUCUGAAGAUGCCAGCGUCGCUCCUGUAGGCACUCCCGACGAGUCGCAGAACAAGCUGUCUGAAUCAUCAUCGACCACCUCCUCCACCCACUCCAUAGACACAUCUUCCUCGGGGGUGUCAUCUUUAAUCUCAUCCCGUCCCUUGCUGGCCGCUAACGACGAGUGCUCCGACUCCGUGACACCCGUUACCUCAGAAGCAGUGCCUCCUGUUUACAACCAGCAGAACAAAGAUAAGUGCAUCAUCCGGAUCAGCAUCGAAGAAAACAACGGCAAUAUGUACAAGAGCAUCCUGCUAACUAGCCAAGACAAAACUCCUGCCGUCAUCCAGAGAGCGAUGCUGAAGCACAACCUGGAAUCUGAUGCAGUGGAGGAUUAUGAGCUGGUGCAGGUCAUCUCUGAGGACAAAGAGCUGGUGAUCCCAAGCAACGCCAACGUGUUCUACGCCAUGAACAGCCACGUGAACUUCGAUUUUAUCCUACGGAAAAAAGCCUCGGUCAAAGGGGAAAUGAAAAUGAAGAGCCGUUGCAGCCUGACAUUCCCCAGAACUGCCAAACGGGGGUGUUGGAGCAACAGGCCCAGCAAAAUUACACUGUGACAGUGCCGGGCUGUGGGGAGGAGAGCUGGUUGAGAACUGCAUCUUUGCUACCAUCCAGUAUUACAGAGUCACAGCAGAUGAAUGUAUCAGUAUUCAACUACGAAAAUAUUUGAGGCUGAAAUGCAAUGUGAGCAUUUGGAAGAUCUACAGCCAGAAUUGUGUCUCUCCUUCCUUGUAGCCCUAUACACAAAACCAGACACGGAUUUAUGGGACAGUACGGAGUAGAAUUUGUUUGUUUCUUUGGUUGGUUGGUUGUUUGGUUGUUGUUGUUGUUUUUGUUUUGCACAUUAGCCUAGGAGGGUGAGAGCCCCAAUUAAGAGGGGAAAACAGGACUGCAACAUUUGUCUUAAGACUACCACACAAGCCAACUCUUUUUACAAGAAACCAUUUUCCUUUGUGCCAGUAUUACACAGAAGAACAUCUAAAUUUAUUUUUAUAAAAACUGGAGAAGAAAAGCCUCAAUCCACCUGACCCAAGGAGGAGGUCCCAGCCAGCCUCCAGCUGACCGCUGAGCACUGGUUUGCAGAAGGUGUGGGUGAGCCACGUGCCACAAGCAGUUGCUGCCUCCAGGAGACAUUGGUAUUCAUGGCAACGCAGCGUGGGUACGUCCCCAGCCAGAAGAAACUGCAAGCACGUGCAUUGCUUUCACACUGCUGGCAAACUUUUUUUUGCACUUGUUCCACACCAGAAGAAUUACCUAUUUUGGAUUUUUUUUUUCCCAAAGAACUUUUGAAAGACUUGGACUGCGCUUGCUUUUGGAUGAAUGUCAUAGUUUGUUCAUGAACAAGGCAAAGAAACACUACUUGUCUGGAUUUAGGUCUUGUCUUAACGCCACUCCAGGGUGGUUUUCCUUGUACUCCGCUAACUCAUUGAACAGAAAUCGAUGCCUUUUGCAUGUACUCUGAACUGACUGACGUACCUCUUUGUAAUGUGCAAUCACUCUUCAAGAGCAAAACUUUUAAUUCACAUUUUCUUUCGUGCCAGGCCUACAUGACCUUUUGUUUUAAAAGUGGGCAUUGAGAGGAGAUAGCCAGGUUUUAAGCAUUACCCCAAACCACCAGAGAUUUUAUAUCCUACAUAAUCUACAGGCACCUCCCUUGCUCUAUAUCUACGUCUAUCAAAUGAAUUUCCUGACAUGGUACAUCCUUUCAGCUGGAACAAAGCAUUCAGCUGGAAUAAUUAUAUAAUUAUCUGUUCUGUGAAACUUCAAAGAAUGUACUUCUUGAGUCUCUUCCCAGAACACAAGGCUUCCUUGAAAGGACAGUUAGAGGGGUUUUUUUAGUUAAAAAAGCCAUAAAUAAGACAUUGGAUUGUAAGCACCCUUCCUGAACAGGCUGUCUUUGAGAUACAUUAGUAUUAGUGAAAAUGAACUCGAAUACUGAAUUUUUCACCGUGCCUGAGCCUUUUUUUCCCCCCCAGUUCUGUAGCACUAAUUUUCAAAACUGGGCUCAGGUUACAUUAAUGAUUUUUAAGUGUUAAAUUCACAUUGCAAAUAACGUUGGGUUUUAUUACGUUUUACACUACGUGAAGAUUUAUCACCUCUGUUUACAAGUAGCACCAUGCAGGUCCUAGUCUGAAUAGUUUAAGUACUCUUAAGUGUAGUUUUGUUAAGAGGGGGAAGGGGGUGAGUUUGUUUGUGAGCCUUAACUUUUGCCUGGAGUUCGAACUUGUUGUUACGUGUUGUAAUCCUGUUACUUACAAGUUGUUACUUGUUGUAAUCCUGUUACUUACAAGUUGUUACUUGUUGUAAUCCUGCCCUGUUUUUCUUUCUUUGCAUUUCAGUGUUGUUACGGUAUCAUUAGUAAUGUUCAGUAUUGCUCAGAGGAUGUAUGUCUGUGUUAAGUUGAAAGGUUGAAUGUUCUUGAUUUUAAAAUUACACUUUCCAAAAGGUUAUAUAUGAAAAAGUUUUGUUUAAUUGCUUACCUGUAAUCUUUAUACAAUAAGUAUAUAAACUUUUUUCCA